AUUCGGUGCCAUCACAAGCACACCUCGUCGCACGUCUCGCUCCUCACUAUCCGCACAAAAAGCACGAAGCGCGUGCAGCUUGAAAUUUGUCAGAUUAUAUAUAUUCCGGAUAGGAUCUAGGAUCGGACAAUGGGCAACGUGCUAGCGGCAUCAUCAUCCAGCAGCGGCAGCAGCUUGGGCCUGGGCCUGCUCGAGCCGGUGCCAGCGGAAUCCGGCGGCUCCAGCUCUUCGUCCUCUUCCACCUCCCCCUCGUCCGCCUACUCUCCGGCGGAUUUUGGUGCGGCGGAGAAAGGGGGACCGCUCGAGAACCCGGGAACCGUCGAGGAUUUGCAUAAGAAGUGCAAAGAUCUCCAGGCCAUCACCUUCGAAGGCGCCAAAAUCAUGCUCAACAAGGGACUGAGCAACCACUUCCAGGUCUCGCACACCCUCAACAUGAGCAAUACGGUGCCCAGCGGUUAUCGCUUCGGCGCCACCUAUGUGGGCACCACGCAAUACAGCCCCACGGAGGCCUUUCCCGUGCUUCUCGGCGAUAUUGAUCCAUCUGGAAACCUGAAUGCCAAUGUCAUCCACCAGUUAUCGCCGCGUAUACGCUGCAAGUUUGCCUCACAGGUCCAGGAGUCUAAGAUGGUGGCCUCACAGCUGACGACCGACUACAAGGGCACCGAUUACACCGCAUCGCUGACGGUGGCCAAUCCCAGCAUAUUCACAAGCUCGGGAGUCAUCGUCGGCCAGUAUCUACAGUCCAUUACCUCGUCCAUUGCCUUGGGCGCCGAGCUGGCUUACCAGUUUGGCCCGAACGUGCCCGGCCGCCAGAUUGCCAUUGUUUCGGCUGUGGGUCGCUACACGGCGGGCAAUUCGGUAUGGUCCGGCACCCUGGGUCAGAACGGCAUGCACUUGUGCUACUACCAGAAGGCCAGCGACCAGCUGCAGAUCGGCGUGGAGGUGGAAACCAGUCUGCGAAUGCAGGAAUCCGUGGCCACGCUGGCCUACCAAAUCGAUCUGCCCAAGGCCGAUCUCAUCUUCCGAGGUGGAAUCGAUUCCAACUGGCACAUCUCGGGAGUGCUGGAGAAGCGGCUGCAGCCAUUGCCAUUCACGCUGGCCCUGAGUGGCCGCAUGAACCACGUUAAGAACAACUUCAGACUAGGCUGCGGGCUAAUGAUCGGCUAAACCGCAUCCAACCACACACCACACCACACACACACACACAGAAGGGCAGAUAAUCCCACUUCAGCUAGCCACAGAACCCCCAGCACCCAGCCAAUCACCUCCUACCUUAACUCCACAUCAUCCGCAGACAAAAAUCAGCCAGGAGGUGCAUACUAUAUGGAUUCAGCAUAUACACAGCACAUCUGGGUAACCAGUCAAGGGAUGGCAAGAGGGAUCUUUGUGACGAUCUGUCGUUUGUGUAUAUUAGAGUUGUAUCAGGGAUCGGGGAUCCUAGGAUCUAGGAUACUAGCCUACCACCUACCCAGUGUGUCGUCCGUUGUCCGUUGCCUGUUUUGCCAAAAGGCCUUAUAUCUAUAUCUACAUCUACCCGUAUCUGAAAUCCCUUAGAACAGAGUCGUUAAUGCGGAGCUCCGUAGUUCAAAUGA